AUGGGGGAAACCAAACACGGCGGCUCCGCACAGCUGGAGGGGGAGCCCGGCUGGAAGUGCCGACCCCCCUCGCUGCCCCGCGGCGCCCACCCCGCGGAGGCCCGAGGCCCGAGAGCGUCCCUCUCGUUGCAGCUGGGGUUCGAGGACGUGAUCGCGGAGCCCGAGCUAACCCACUCCUUCGACAAGGUGUGGGUGUGCAGCCACGCUCUCUUCGAGCUCAGCAAGUACCUGCUCUACAAGCUGCUGACGCUGGUCCUUGCCGUACCGCUGGCCCUGGCCGUGGGCAUCGUCUUCGCGGUGCUCAGCUGCCUGCACAUCUGGAUCGUGGUGCCUUUUGUGAAAACCUGUCUCAUGGUCUUGCCUUCAGUGCAAACUAUAUGGAAGAGCCUGACAGAUGUUUUCGUCGUACCAUUCUUUCAGAGCCUAGGCCGAUGCUUUGCCAUGAUUAAUAUACGCCUGGACCAAGAGUAAAUGUCAGGGACGCGACACUGCUGUAAUUGUAGCUGGUGUUAUACCUCUUUGCUAACCUAACAUACAAGCACUUACCAUUCAUUCCAAACUGUUAAAUUACAAUGGCUGGUUUAAGUGGGAACAUGCUAUUUUUUCUAAAACACAUUUAUUUUCAGGGAGAUCGUUUAAGAACAAGUAGGCAGUUUUCAUAGCUCACUCUUUUAACAACAGAGUGAAUGCGGAGUAUGUUGGCAACACUUUAUUUUAAUGGUACGUCGAUUGCUAGAUUACAGGAGAAUUUGCGUGGAGGUUUAAUAGCCACCAUGGUGAUAAUGAUUGGCGUUAUUACUAUAAAUAUUUAAACAGGCUGUGAUAACCUCAGUGAAACUGAUCUCUAGG